UUGGUUGUUUGUUUGGAUGGAUGUGAAUCUCUCUCGGUUGACCCCCGGAAGUGGAACACAGAAAGAAAAACAGAGGCUGCUGCUUGAAAAAAAACAAAACAAAACACAGAAAAUGAAAAUGUUACUUCAAGACAAAUAAAAUCCAACUUCGAGUGAAAAAAAAACAGUGUCGUUGAAUCUUUGGCAGCUGAAGAGAGUCUGCUUUGGCAAAGACAAGAUGGCAGACAAAGAUGGGAAAGCGGGUCUUGGAAACGAGGCUCAACAGUUGCAGGACGGCUCCUGCGAUCCUCUGCCGACCCGAGGAGGAGGAGGAGGGGAGGAGGAAGAGGAAGAGGCAGGCACACUUCCUGUCCAAAGCAGACCGGGUGAACACGACACAGGCGGAAGUGGGGAGACGGCUCAAGAUAAAACCGCGGAACAGGAAGGAGAGCGGAGAGAGGAGGAGGAGGAGGAGGAAGAGGAGGAACAGGAACAGGAACAGGAGUCGGACAGCAUGGAGGAGACUGUCCGAUAUUCCCUGACUGAGGAAGCGGGAGACAGCGAUGACCGGAGCGGGGGAGGAGGAGGCAGCCGAAGAGAGCUCCGGAAAAGAAGACGCAACAGGAGCCGGGGACACACGUCCUCCAGCUCGGACGAGGACAUCGAAGAGGAGGACGAGGAGGAGGAGGAGGAGGAGGAAGACGAGCAAGCCCUGGACGAGUGGCUGGACUCUGAGCUCAAGGAGCUGGGCUGCCCCGGCUGGAGGGCGGUCCCCGAGCUCAGGGCCAGAGAGAUCGGGAGAGGGCUGCCUCAUUUUACCCCCAGGGCGUGCGGAGCCCGGGGGCUGGUGCAGAGGUUCAAGCUGCAGGGGAGUCUGGAGAAGCACAGCGGCUGUGUGAACACCCUGCAUUUCAACAGCUCCGGGAGCAGGCUGGCCUCGGGCAGCGACGACCUGAAGGUGAUUAUCUGGGACUGGACGAGGAAGAGAGCCGUGCUGGAAUUCGAAACGGGGCACAAGAGCAACGUGUUUCAGGCGAAGUUUCUUCCUCACAGUGGAGACUCCACCCUGGUCAUGUGUGCGCGGGACGGACAGAUUCGAUUGGCUGAUCUGUCAGCCACGCAGCGAUGCAAAUCCACCAAGAAAGUGGCUCAACACAAAGGAGCGGCCCACAAGCUGGCUCUGGAUCCCGACUCUCCCUGCUUCUUCCUGUCAGCUGGAGAGGAUGCUGUCGUCUACGGGAUCGACUUGCGACUGGAUCGACCCGCAACGAAGCUGGUGGUCACAAAGGAGAACGACAAGAAAGUGGGUCUGUACACAAUCUACGUGAACCCGGCCAGGACCGAUGAGUUUGCUGUGGGGGGGCGUGACCAGUAUGUCCGAAUUUACGAUCAGAGAAAGAUCAAUGAAAAUGAGAACAACGGCGUUCUGAAGAAGUUCUGUCCGCAGCACUUGGUCACCAGCGAGUCCAAAACCAACAUCACUUGUCUUGUGUACAGCCACAACGGGACGGAACUGCUGGCCAGCUACAACGACGAAGACAUUUACCUGUUUGACACGAGCCACAGCGAUGGAGCCCAGUACAUGAAACACUACAAGGGACAUCGUAACAAUGCAACAGUGAAAGGGGUGAAUUUCUACGGUCCACGCGACGAGUUUGUAGUCAGCGGCAGUGACUGUGGACACAUCUAUCUGUGGGAGAAGAACUCAGCCCGCAUCGUGCAGUUCAUGGAGGGAGACAAAGGGGGCGUGGUGAACUGUCUUGAACCACACCCUCACCUGCCUGUUUUAGCCACCAGUGGUUUGGACCACGAUGUGAAGAUCUGGGCUCCCACGGCAGAGACCCCCACCGGACUGCGAGGGCUGAAAGAGGUGAUGAAGAAGAACAAGCGGGAGCGCGAUGAAGACAGCGUGCGACACGGAGACCAGUACGACACGCAGCUGCUGUGGUUCCUCAUGAGACACAUGAGACACAGGCGACCGCAGAGGAGCCGUCGUGGAGAGGCCGGGGGUCCCGAGGGAGACUCUGACGAGUCGUGGAGCUCGCCGGACUCCUCGGAUGAAGAAGAGACCGGGCCCGAUCACGUGCAGUGCAUGUCCUCCUGAACGACAGACGGACAGACUCGCAGAACGACACACGGACGGACUCCCAGAACGACAGACAGACGGACGGACUCCCAGAACGACCCAGACGGACGGACGGACUCCCAGAACGACCCAGACGGACGGACGGACUCCCAGAACGACCCAGACGGACGGACGGACUCCCAGAACGACCCAGACGGACGGACGGACUCCCAGAACGACCCAGACGGACGGACGGACUCCCAGGACGACCCAGACGGACGGACGGACUCCCAGGACGACCCAGACGGACGGACGGACUCCCAGGACGACCCAGACGGACGGACGGACUCCCAGGACGACCCAGACGGACGGACGGACUCCCAGAACGACCCAGACGGACUCGCAGGACGACCCAGACGGACGGACGGACUCGCAGGACGACCCAGACGGACGGACGGACUCGCAGGACGACCCAGACGGACGGACGGACUCGCAGGACGACCCAGACGGACGGACGGACUCCCAGGACGACCCAGACGGACGGACGGACUCGCAGACAGACAGACUCGCAGACAGACAGACUCGCAGACAGACAGGCACGACCCGGGGGGGGGGGGUUUCAAUCAGAAAACACAGGCCGGCUCCAUCAGCCACCGAGUUACUUGUCAUUCUCCUGUGCUAUCAAAUCAAACUUCAACACACGAGACAGAAUCGCUCUGAGAAUGAAAGUGCAGCUUCAUCCAGCUGCAACACACGAGACAGAAUCGCUCUGAGAAUUAAGUGUACAGCUGUGGCCAAAAGUUUUGUAGUUUUUUUUUUUUUUCAUAUAGUUAACGAAUGACAAAAAUUGAAAAAUGUGACAAAAUACAACCGUGCUACUAUGAUGGCUUCCGGUAUAGACUUUUAUGCGAUAUCAUUUUGUAGUUUAUUUCAUUACACGAUGAUGUUAAAUAAGAUGAAAAUUAUCUUCAUACAGUUUUUUUUUCAUUUAAUUCUCUCCAGUCUUAAAAUUCCAGGUGAUUCAUAACUUUUUGGUCAGAGCUGUACCCCGUCAGACACACAUGAGCUGGAAUCAGUUUCUGAAUUGAGCGUGACUUUGUGAUCCGCGUUAUUUUCUGUUCAGUCGAGCCACGCCGAGCCGAAGUGUUUCUUGAGGGUAAAAAAAAAAAAGAUUCUAGGUCAAAAUCAAACAAGCGAACUGUGUCUGGAUGCUGGCUUGAAUAGAGCCGGUUAACUUCUAAAGCAGCGUGUUGUGUUUUUAUCGUUUCCUUUAGUGAAUUCACUCCUCGGCAGGCCAGACAGAGAACCACGACAAGAACCAGCGAUUUGUUUUAUUUUUUUUUGUCCAAAUUGCAAUUUAAAACAGACUGAUUUCAGAAAACGUGGGUGGAUGGGUGCGUCACAGGGGGGAAAACAAAGGAAACUUUGUGUGUGUGUAAGCGACAAAUUGUACUGUUUGAAGAAUUUAAUAUGAAACGAUGUACCGACGUCUGAGGAGUUUUUUUUACAGACAAAGUUAGAAACAUUGAAAUAUAAAGAGGAGGAGAGGAGAGGGAGAGCCGGGGCGAAACGUCAUUUUUUUUAUUUUUUGGUCUAGCGGGAGACACAAGAUUAUUAGCACUUACUGUUUUUUGUACAAAUACAACAUUUAUUUUAUUUUAAAUCACCUUCGAAAGGCGACGAGGAUUGCACUUACCAUUUUAAGCAGCUACGGCCAAAAGCUGUGUAUCUCCUAGAAUUUUAGGAUUGAAAAACAAACUAUGAACAGAACAUCAUGUAAUCAAAGAAACUACAAAAUGAUAUUGCAUUAAAAAAAGUCUACCGGAAGCCGUAAUAGUAGCACAGUAGUAUUUCAUGUUGGAUUUCGAAAUGUCAAAUCUGUUUCAUGUCAGUUUUGUUAAGUAUAUGGAAAACUACAAAGCGCUGGGUGUGGAAUUCAAUAUGUUAACAAGGGAACAUUAUUCAGCAGCUUUCAUUGGACUCUAUGAAGCUGAGGGAGUUCAUUCUAUAUAGAGGGGGUGGAAUUCAAUAUGUUAACAAGGGAACAUUAUUCAGCAGCUUUCAUUGGACGCUAUGAAGCUGAGGGAGUUCAUUCUAUAGAGAGGGUGAUGCAAUGCUUUUGCCCAGAGCGGUUAUAUUUGCACAGGCAGACUAGCGACUGCUUGUCAAGCGAUAACUCCGACAGGAAAGAAGAGGGCUUUUUGAUUUUGAAAUGCGAUGGAUUUUGAAAGUUAGGGACUGCAUCGCGACCCCAAACUCGGCACUUUUAUUCCGAAGAAGCACUGGAUUUGCAAAGAACCCCUUUUCUGAUUUCUGUUUGUAUCUCUUUCAAGGCAGUAGAUUUUUUUUUUUUCUUGUUUGGAAACUUGUGAAACAAAGUGGCAGGAUUUCUCUUCUUCAGUUUGAGACGAAUAUGAACACGCCGGGGAUAAAGUUUGUUCAGCUUUGAGCAGAUUCAAGAAAAACGAAACAAAAAGAAAAUACUUUGAAUUCUCUUCUCUUCUACGGGGAUUAGACUUGGAUCCCCCCCAAGAUUAAGAACAAAAUUAUUUCGCUCUUAAUUUUUCUAAUAGGAAUGAUGUUCAGAAUUUUCAGUAUUGAUUGUAGAUUAUGGAUGAUUAAUCGUUAUUUUUGUUGUGUGUGUUUGUAUAUAUUUUUUUGUUCGGUAAGGGGUGUACAGAAAUGCAACUGGGUCUGUAUUUAAAAACGUACCGUCAAAGAAACGCUUUUGCACAGCGUUCCCAAUAGCUUUUAUUAAUACAGAACCAGAACUGUAAUGCAACGGUUUAUAAUGAAACCGGGAAUGCAUGCAGUUCAUAAUAAAAUCCGAAAUAUUAAAAAAAAUACCGUUGCACAUUUACAUUACGGACGUGCAACGCUGAUAAAGAGAGGCCCUUGUCUGUAUUUACUCCUCGCAGCCUGGUUUGAUAACUUUAACAUCACAGACACGUUUCUUAAACAGGAAUCUUAUGUAAUGCGUGGGGCUUGGUUUGGAAUCUCUGUGGCGGGAUGGAACACGCCUUGAGUUCUCUAUUCCAUGAUGCGUGAGAGCUGGAGUUCAGGCUUGUCACGUUACUCCACAGCGAUAAAUAAUAUAUAUAUAUAUAUAUAUAUAUAUAUAUAUAUAGACCUGUGGUUUGUACUCUUUUGGGUCACCCUUUGCAGAAGAGAUCACAUUAUUAUUAUUAUUAUUAUUUUGUAUGUAUGCUUUUAGAGAAGUCUUUGACCCGAGGGAGGUUUGCUGGACUGAUUUUGUGUUUUUCAGAAUUUGCGAUAUUCUUUUUUUUUCGGUUCGUUUGCAUUACCCGUUCUGGGAUGUGAUCUUCACUGUAGUUGGAGUCCUGUGUUAAAGCGAUGCUGUGGGGCUCCCUCUAGGUUUGCACGCUGAGUCACUGUAAUGCUCGCAUGUUUUAAUGCAAGAUCACAAGCAGCAACGGAGUGAACCUGGGCCUCUUGAGCCCUGGUUUGGUGUUGCUGAAGUGACGAUUCUGCACACAUGAUGCGUAACUCUCGGAUAUCUUUUGUGCUUUUUGAGUUGUUUUUUUUAAGCACAAUUUAUAUGCUUCUAAAAUUCAUACAAAUGCCCUCAUUUCCUCACUGCUCUGGUACUUGGAAGGGAAAUAAACACAGAAAAUAAGACUUAACUGCUUAGGAGCUCUCCCUAAUCUAAUCUACAGCUCUGGCCAAAUGUUUUGCGUCGCCCCCUAUGGAAUGAAUCAUUUUGCUACAUAGUCGAAUGAAACUUUCUGAACGACUCUUAUGUUAACAUAUUGAAUCACAUGCCAGCGCUUUGUAGUUUUCACAUGUACUAAAUAAUGUGACAUUUCGAAAAUCUAACAUGAAAUACUUCUGCAGUGCUAUUAUGGCUUAGACUUUUUAUGGAUUAUCAUUGUGCAGUUUCUUUGAGUUACGUAAAAUAAAAGAUGUAAAUAAUGUUCAUAUAGUGUUUUUUUUUUGGGGGGGGGGUGGGAGGGGGGGUCAGUGCUAGUAUUCUAGGGGAUGCAAAGCUUUUGUCCAGAGCGGUAUGUUGUUUUGACUUUGUGCUCCCAAGGUUAGCUGGAUAUUACAAGCAGCUCCCAUUGCAUGUCUGGACUUAACUUGUGCGUUUCAGUAUCUUCCCCCAGUAACGGCUCAGACCAGUUGUUUCUGUCAAGGCUCCUGGAUUGUGUUCUGUACAAGGGUGUUCAGAGACACGGGUGCAACAGCCACCAGGUGUGCUUGGGAACUAGGAGCAGUUUUACAAACUGCUGAGUUUUUUGAGAAUUUUGCAGCAGGACCUGGGAAUGCAUUUAUCAAUAAUUUUUUGGUUAUUUUUUUUAUUUCUUUUUAACAAUACAUUGACCACGGGAUACAGCAGCAGUAAGUCAAACAAAUGAAUUUAAAGCAAGAAUUACCUAAGUCAGAUUUGUAAUAAAUUGAGAAAGAGGGCAAAAUAGAUUUAGGUAAUUCUUCCUACCAAGGACUAAGCUUGUCUCAAAUCCUUGGCUGUGAAAGACUGUGUUCUGUGUUUCUCAAAUUCUGACAGCUUUGUAAAAGCGUGACGUGUUUUAUAUCUACAGGGCUUUGUGGAAAAUGACAUCAUUUCAAACCUGUGGGAGACACAGCGAUUGGAAGGGAGUUAAAUACUGCUAGGAGAGUUCUUAAGAGUCUGCAUACAAAAAUUAAAAUCCAUAGUCAGAAUGCUGAAGCUGAUGUUGCUUGAAAGAGGUUAUUUUAAGAUAGUUAUUUAAUAACUCAUUUUGAGACUCGUAGCAAAUAUAUAUAGAUAGAUUAAAUGAAUUAAUUUGUUAUCUUUUAAGUCGUUUAAAAGAGAUGCAGAAAUGAAUACAAUCAGCCGGAUUAGAUCGCACACAGAGACGCAGCUUUGGAAUUUUGGGGUUAAUACAGACCGCUAAUUUUGGAAAGAAAGUUGAGUUUUGUAAGAGAAGAUGCUUAAAAAAAAUAUCUAAUGAUGUGUUUAAGGUUUGAAGUUCAAAUCUGAUUGAUAUUGAGAGAAAUGUACUGUAUAAAAAAAGAUUUAAAUUUAUAUUAUUGUAUAUGAGAAGUGACUUUUAAAAUGACAAAAAAAAAAACACGCUUUUUCUGAUAUGGCUUUUCUGAACAUUUUCAUGUCCUUGCAUUAGCAUUUUGUUUUGAGAGUUUGAUCUUUUUGUUUGUUUCAUUUUCUCCGAAAUAAACGUUUUCUUUCAUCAGUAA